CCAUAAAAGCAGAGAGCCCUCGGCAGGGCUGUCUGCAGCUGAAGUGGAGAGCCUUGACCUUCAGAGGCAUCACUUUUUUUCUUCAGUAUGCUCUUCGCAGCUCUGCCUUGACUUGCCAAACUGUCCUGAACUGCUUUAUCGGAUGGUGUUGGGUGAUGAUUUCUGUUGUGUCACUUUGGCCCCCAACUUCAGCCUUGGAAGACUGGAGGGGGGAAAUGCUGAACAGCAAUUCAGACAUCACGAUGGCUGCUGCUUUAAUGGGUUUGCUUGCAACGUGGCAGAGUGCAAGCAGCGUCGCUGACCUGAAUGCAGCGUCCAGCACCUUGGUGACCCUCCUGGGGUUUUUGGGAGCUGCUGCUGAGCAGCACAUCUUGAUCAAACCACAUCGGCACAGCAGGGUCUGCAAAGGAAAUGCUGCUGCUGCAGCUGCCCGUGGUUGUGGAAGAACAGUUGCAUGGUCCAGAGCAGCUCCAGUGAGAGACAGCAGCUUCAUUGAGAAGAUGAAGAAGACGGGGCGAAACAUAGUGGUUUUCUACGGUUCCCAGACAGGUACAGCAGAGGAGUUUGCCAAUCGUCUCGCCAAAGAUGCUCAUCGCUAUGGCCUCAGGGGCAUGGCAGCGGAUCCAGAGGAGUAUGACUUGUCGGACCUGAGUCGCCUCUCUGAGAUCGACAAGUCCUUAGCUGUGUUCUGCAUGGCCACUUACGGCGAGGGUGACCCCACAGACAACGCCCAAGACUUCUAUGACUGGCUGCAGGAGGCUGAUGCUGACCUGUCAGGUCUCCGAUUUGCAGUCUUCGGGCUGGGGAACAAGACUUAUGAGCACUUCAAUGCCAUGGGGAAGUAUGUGGACAAGAGGCUGGAGGAACUUGGAGCCCAGCGCAUCUUUGAACUCGGGCUGGGAGAUGACGAUGGCAACCUGGAAGAAGACUUCAUCACCUGGAGGGAGCAGUUCUGGCCAGCAGUGUGUGAGCACUUCGGGGUGGAGGCUACAGGAGAAGAGUCCAGCAUCCGCCAGUAUGAGCUGGUGGUGCACACCGAUGUUAACAUGAACAAAGUCUACACCGGUGAGAUGGGCCGCCUCAAGAGCUAUGAGAACCAGAAGCCACCAUUUGAUGCCAAGAACCCCUUCCUGGCCCAGGUUACAGAGAACCGCAAGCUGAAUGAGGGUGGAGAGCGACACCUUAUGCACCUGGAGCUGGAUAUCUCCAAUUCCAAAAUCAGGUAUGAGUCUGGGGACCAUGUGGCAGUGUACCCAGCCAACGACUCUUCUCUGGUGAAUCAGAUCGGUGAGAUCCUGGGCACGGAUCUGGACACGAUCAUGUCCCUGAACAAUUUGGAUGAGGAAUCCAAUAAGAAACAUCCCUUCCCCUGCCCCACGUCCUACCGUACAGCCCUGAUGUACUACCUGGACAUCACCAACCCGCCCCGCACCAACGUCCUCUACGAGCUGGCACAGUACGCCACGGACGCUGGCGAGCAGGAGCGCCUCCGCAAAAUGGCAUCGUCUGCUGCCGAGGGGAAGGCUCUCUACCUCAGCUGGGUGGUGGAGGCCCGGAGGAACAUCCUUGCCAUCCUGCAGGACAUGCCCUCGCUGCGCCCCCCCAUUGAUCACUUGUGUGAGCUCCUGCCCCGCCUGCAGGCCCGCUACUACUCCAUUGCCUCCUCGUCCAAGGUUCACCCCAACGCCAUCCACAUCUGUGCCGUGACGGUGGAGUACGAGACCAAGACGGGACGCUUGAACAAAGGGGUGGCCACCAACUGGCUCAAGAACAAGGUGCCCAACGAGAAUGGGAGCAACUCCCUGGUGCCCAUGUACGUCAGGAAGUCACAGUUCCGCCUGCCCUUCAAACCCAGCACGCCCGUCAUCAUGAUCGGACCGGGAACUGGCAUAGCCCCCUUCAUCGGCUUCAUUCAGGAGCGGGCCUGGCUGAAGCAGCAAGGCAAAGAGGUGGGCGAGACGGUGCUUUACUACGGCUGCCGCCGUGAGCGGGAGGACUACCUGUACCGCGAGGAGCUGGCCCGCUUCCAUCAGGAGGGAAUCCUCACCCAACUCAACGUGGCCUUUUCCAGGGACCAGGCUGAGAAGGUUUAUGUUCAGCACUUACUGAAGAAGAACAAGGAAAACAUCUGGAAGCUGAUUAAUGAGGGGAAUGCUCAUAUCUACGUGUGCGGCGAUGCUCGCAACAUGGCCCGGGAUGUGCAGAACACCUUCUAUGAGAUCGUGGCCGAGUUCGGGAACAUGGGCCAGCCCCAGGCCGUGGACUAUGUAAAGAAACUGAUGACGAAGGGCCGGUACUCUCUGGAUGUCUGGAGCUAAGAGCGGGGUUGGUGGGGCCGGGGAUAGAACAGGUCCCCAGGUGUGGGCCCACAGGAGGUGCAAAGUGCCUGCUGACCCACUGCUGCUGUGGGUGACAGCGUUGGCUGCAGCCCACAGCUACCCCAGUGUCACUCCCAACCCCUCCGGGCCCACAGCAGCCCCUCGGGGCAGGCUGUGUACCCCGGGGGUGGCAGGGGUUGAGAGGGGCAGGGGGGUAGCUCAGGCUGCUGUCCAGGAGCCGUGGUCCCCCCGGCACCCCAGGGAGCACCUCACAGCACCAGCGUUCGUCUUGAGGUGAGGGACAUGGCUGACGUGGGGCAGGAGGGACGGGCGGUGCAGGGGGAGUUCUGGGGUCCUUCCCUGAACGUGAGGUGUUGCCUUAUCCCCUGGGGCUGGAGACCACCCUGGGGAGGACAGAGGUGGAGGAGCUUGCAGCCCCCUGCGCUGUGGGUUUGGUGUGAGGGCAUGGCCUGGGGCGGCGAUCUGCCCUCGCCCCCCUCCCACCCUCUCGGGCCAGCUUUGGGCACAGAGACCCCACAGGUCCCUGCUCCUUACCCCUGCUCCCCCCUCCCCUCCAGCACACAGCGGGGAGGGGGGUGCUCCUCUCCCCUCUGGAAGAGACAUGCUUUUUUUUUGGGGGGGGGGGGGGGGAGGGGCUGCUUCCUUCCUGGGGUCCAGCAACUCCCCUGUGCUCAGCCCCUCCCUCAUGCUGUGUAUGGUCAUUUUUUAGAUACUGUCUUUAUUUUAACAUCUUUGUGAUUUAAAUCAUGGGGAAAAAAAGAAAAAAAAAAACCCAACCAAAACCAACUUUCAGGCUGUCCAAUGACUGUAAAUUAUUUAAAUACAUUUGCCCUUGGAAUAAAAAUACUGUUUCUGUA